GAAAUCGAGCACGAAGACCAACCUACCGGUUCAAGCAGUCGCCCGUGGACUCCUGCAUGUUCUUCCUGUACGAGGCGGACGACAAGAAGCAGACCCAUUGCGCCUACUUGGGGGUCCACGUUGAUGAUGUUUUGGUCGCCGGAGAAGGAGAGCUCUCCGAGUCGAUCAGGAUCGACCAAAAGCACUACACCGACACGAGGCUCUUCGAGGUCCCCGUCGACAAGUCCCAGAACGACAUGGAGCCGGCUACGAAAGAGCAGCGCAUAGACAACCAAAGCCUAGUGGGGGCUCUGUCCUGGCGCGCCGAGGCUCACCGACACAAGGGAAUCUGGCUCAAACCCGUCGACCUGGACAACUACGAGAUCUUCGUCUACCACGAGAACUUCGCCCUCAACAAGGUCCUCGGCAUGAUGACAGGAACUCCAUACGACUUCAGGGAGCGGAACGCCAAGAAGGCAAACUCCAAAGUGGCGAGCCAAAACGGCAUCAUGAUCCUGAUCGCGGACCGCAACUGCUUUGCGAAUGGUGGAGGCGAGUGCAGCCUACUGGAGUGGAGAUCCAUUGCAGGGAAGAUAGUCUGCCACUCCACUUCUGCAGCGGAGACUGUGCCACUUUUACAGCGGAGACUUUAG